AUGAAAAGUAGUAAGUUUAAUUGUCAAGUGUUAUAUGAACCAUUGAUUGAUAAUAGAACAGAAGUGUAUUGUCAUCUAUUGACAAUAGGGGAUGUAAAUAUAGUAGUAAAUUUAGGAAUUGGUAAUGAUUUUGACUAUAACAUCUACACUGAUAAAAUUAAAAAAAUAAUUACAAAUGCUGAUGGGGUUUUGUUAACCUCAUUUGACAUUAAGCAUUUCGGGGCAGUAGGGUUAUUUACUAAUCACAAGAUCUUUUGUACAGUACCUACCGCUGUUAUAGGAAAAAUAAUGUUAGACAAUGUAGAAGGGAAAAGAGGCAAUAUAUUAAAUAACAUUAACGUGACUAUGGUUAAGUAUGCACAGCCAUUUAAAAUUAAAAAUAUUGAGAUAGUUGCUUAUAAUGCAGGAGGUGUAGUUGGGAAUUCACUCUUUAAUUUUAAAAUAGGGCUUAAUUCUAUUUCUUUAGGCUAUAAUAUCAAUCAUGCAUCAGAAAAGUAUGUUGAAGGGUUGAGUGAAAUGUUUCUAAGUAGUGUUUUUAUAACCAAUGAUGUAUAUGGAUGUGUGCCUUCAAUGACACUAACAGCAAGAACCAAAGAAAUAGAAACACUGGUUAAUAUGACAGUAGGACAUGUAAUUUUUAUUGUUAAUAUAACCAGAUUAAUUGAACUUAUUUUAACUCUCAAACAAAAAGUUUGUGUGAUUUCCAAUCUUAACAUUAUGGAAAGGGUAAAAUUUAUGAUUGAAUGGGCUAAUAUUAAUAAUUUUGAUUUAGUUGAUUUUAACGUGCCUUUUAAUAAGAUCAAUGAUAAGCUUAAAAAAUGUAUAAUCAUUGUAAGUGAUUAUGGCAAUGAUAUUUAUCUAGGUGGAAUCUUAAGACGUUUUAAUGAGAGAAAUGACAUUUUAAUUGAUCUGACUGAUGGUUAUAAAUUAACAAAUAUACCAGUAUAUGAUAUUAAGUAUGAACAAAGAAUUAAGAGAUAUGAAAAAACGGAGGAAGUAAAAGUUGAAGAAGUAAAAUCUGAAGUAUCUGAAUUUGAAUGGUAUGAUUUGAAUGAUACUGUCUUUAUUAAUGACAGACAAACGAAAUUUUUUCCUAGAAAAUUUUUUAAAGUUGUUGAGGAUGAUUUUGGACUGGAAUUUGACUUUAAGGUUGAGAACAUUGAGGAAAUUGAAAGUCAAUCAGAAGAAAAUAUUGAAGAAAUAGUUGAAAUUGAAACUUUUCAUAAAACCGAAACUAUAAGAGUUGUUCCUAUUCAAACUUUAAAUGUUGAUUAUUUUAAAGGAGUAUCUGAUUUAAAUGGAAUUAAAGAGAUUUUUAAUAAUUUUGGAGUAGAAAAAUUGAUUAUUGUUGGAAAUGAAGAAAUUAAUUUUGAUAUUAUGACAGGAUUUUUAAUGGAUGACAUUAAAGAAGUCUAUUAUUGUGAUAAUGAAAAAGUUCAAAUAGAAAUAAACUCAUCAGUUACAUCAUUAGUUACCAUAUCUGAUGAGUUGUUAAACAAACCAUUUUAUACUCUUGAAGAUAAGCAUAUUUUAGUUAGUCCAGUUAUGCGUACUGAUAAUAUAAUUGAUGUUGAAAAUUCAAAAAAUAAUUUGAAUAUAGCAUUAGGGAAAUUGGAAGUUAAAGAAGUUGUCAAAAUAUUACAAGAAAAUAACUUUAAGGUUUCUCAAGUAUAUAACAUACUUACAGUUAAUGAAAAUCUGACAAUCACAUUUAAUGACACGUUGGAAAUAUCAAGUUAUGAUAAUACACUGUUAAUUUCAGUUAGAGAACUUUUAUAUAAAAAAAUGUUGAUUUUUUCUCAAUAA